AUGCAUAUAAUCAAGCCUGUAUGGCUGACACAUGGAGGUGAACGGAAAGAUUUCGAAGUGUACAGUUGCGACGUCUCGCCGGAUGGAAAGCGAUUGGUAACUGCUGCAGGAGAUGGAUAUGUACGAAUCUGGUCGACCGAAGCUAUCUACAAUGCGGCCGAUCCUGCUUAUGCCGAUAAACCGAAACAGCUUGCUUCUAUGAGCAAUCAUUCCGGAACUAUACACACCGUCCGAUUCUCUCCCAACGGCAAGUACCUCGCAUCUGGCGCAGAUGAUAAGAUAGUCUGUGUCUACUCGUUAGAUGCGAAUCCACCGUCUCAUGCUACUACCUUCGGCUCGGAUGAAGCGCCUCCAGUUGAGAACUGGCGAACGAUUCGGAGAUUAAUUGGGCAUGACAAUGAUGUGCAGGAUUUGGGCUGGUCAUACGAUUCUUCUAUCUUGGUCUCUGUGGGUUUAGACUCGAAAGUUGUCGUCUGGUCGGGCCAUACCUUCGAGAAAUUAAAGACACUCUCCGUCCACCAAAGUCACGUCAAGGGCAUUACGUUCGAUCCUGCAAACAAAUACUUUGCUACGGCCAGUGAUGAUCGAACAGUGAAAAUAUUCCGGUUCAAUUCGCCAGCACCAAAUGCGACUGCGCAUGAUCAACUCAAUAAUUUCGUCUUGGAAACCAACAUCGUCACGCCUUUUAAGAGUUCGCCCUUGACGGCGUAUUUCCGGCGCUGCUCGUGGUCUCCUGAUGGAUUGCAUAUUGCGGCUGCUAAUGCGGUGAAUGGGCCUGUGAGUUCGGUGGCUAUUAUAAACCGUGGAUCGUGGGAUAGUGAUAUCAACCUCAUUGGACACGAGGCGCCUGUGGAAGUGUGCGCGUUCUCCCCAAGAUUAUAUUCUGCGUAUCCUGUGAAAUCAGGUACCGAACAUCAUAACUUGGUGACGGUUAUUGCAUGCGCCGGAGGAGACAAAUCACUCAGCGUCUGGAUAACGAGCAAUCCAAGACCGAUUGUGGUUGCGCAAGAUAUUUCCGCAAAAUCAUUGUCCGAUCUAGCGUGGAGUCCGGAUGGUACAUGCUUGUUCGCAACUGCCUUGGAUGGAACUAUUCUCGCCGUUCGAUUUGAGGAGGCGGAGCUUGGGUAUCCCAUGUCACUGGAGGAGAAUGAGAGGUCUUUGACGAAAUUUGGCACAAGAAGGGGUGCCGGUAUAGCAGAAACUACCGAUGGUUUACUACUCGAGGAGAAGAGUAAAGCGGGAGAAAUCAAAGGUGUUGAAGGCAGAAUGGGAGCUUUGAUGGGUGACGGCCAUGAUUCAACGGAGGCUACAGUGAAUGGAACUACGACGAUUACUUCAACCACAACAAUGGUCACGAACGGUACUUCUGAGAAACAGAAGACUCAAACGAAUGGAACGACAUCCGAGCAGGAAAAAGAGUCUGAAAAAGAAAAGGACAAGCCUGAUCCGUAUCAGGCGAAAUUGGAAAGAUUGAAACAGCGGCCAACAUAUACCAAAGAGGGGAAGAAGAGAAUAGCUCCUUUAUUAGUCUCGGGUGCCGGUGCGUCUGAGUCAUCUUUACCACAGUCUAGACUCGUGGCAUCUUCGACAGUUAGCCAGGUCGGAAGUGAUGCACCUCAGUCAAUACUUGAUUUGUCAAAGCCAUUCGAUGGACUGCCGAAAGGUGGUUUACAAGCAUUACUCUUUGGGAACAAGCGCAAACUAGCUCAAAUUGAAGGCGAUGAAGAUAACCAGGUGGAGAAACGUGUCGCAUCUAUCAGUCAGAACGGAUCAAUGCCGAUACUGUCAAAUACCACUGCUGGACUCAUGCCAGCCAUCACCGGACCGGCGGUUACGGGACAACAAACAACACCAGGAUUUAUUCGACCAGCCGUCGUCAACCCCUGCAUGGCUAUCAGCCAGCUUAGGUUGGCAGUACCAAAGAUUCGCCCACAAAUAUUACAGGCUCUCGAUAAAAAUGGGAAUCCAACAGAACCUUCUGGAGAUUCGAAACAGUCACGGAUAGAUCUCGUGUUUGAAGCUCGUAAUCCACCUCCAGGUACGUUGACCGGUCGCUCGACGGACCGAGAUCCGGUACGAAUCAGCCUGAGUCGUGGUGAUCAACCCCUGUGGCAAGACUUUCUCCCCAAAUCUGUGCUAUUGGCGACUGGUAAUACUGGUUUCUGGUCUGUUGCCUGUGAGGACGGAUCGAUAUAUAUCUGGACACCUGCGGGCCGUCGACUUAUCAACGCGCUGGUUCUAGAAGCCCAAGCAGUCAUUCUUGAAAGUAAAGGACCGUGGCUAUUAUGCAUCACCGCAGUAGGGAUGUGCUAUGUCUGGAACGUCAAAACUGUAUCAUCACCUCAUCCUCCUGUAUCUCUCCAGCCGGUCUUGGAUGCUGCUACACAUGCUCAAACUGGUCAGGCUAUCCUUGCGCCUGCCAUCACAGGGGCGAGGAUAAAUUCUGAGGGCCGUAUUGUUGUCGGCCUAACUAAUGGUGAGGGAUACAUAUACUCCUCAGCCAUGUACACAUGGCAACGGGUAGCAGAGCCAUGGUGGGCAGUUGGCAGUCAGUAUUGGAACACAACCGAUGCUUCAGUGAGCAAUCUUCAGGCCAUGGGCAGUCAGAACGGCGAAGAAAGCAAGAAGAAGAAGAUAUCCGCGGGUAUUAUUCCUUUCCUCGAACGAAACACGACCACCGAGACAUUGCUUCGUGGACGGGCUUAUUUCCUACAACGUUUGAUAAAGGUCUUACUAUCUCGAGAAGGAUACGAGAGCUUUGAAUCCAGCGUUUCAAUCGCCCAUCUUGAGAACCGAAUGGCGGCCGCCCUGUCCUUAGGAGCCAAGGAGGAGUUCCGUCUUUAUUUGUCUAUGUAUGCCAAACGCAUCGGAGCGGAAGGACUACGUGGCAAGGUGGAAGAACUCUUAAAAGCUCUUGUGGGCGGUAUUUUUGACUCUGAUGAUGACGAAGGUACUUCUGAAGCGGUACAGCGAGCUGUCUCGGCCACUGAGAAAGACGGCCGAAACUGGUCCGAGAACUCAGAUACUCUUUGUGGCUGGCCGCGGGAUGUACUACUGAAAGAAGUCAUUAUUGCUCUUGGUAAACAUCGAGACUUACAACGAGUCACCGUCCCUUAUGCAAAAUUGCUAGGCGUCGUGGACGAAGAAGGAGCCGAUUCCGAAGCCAUGGAAACAAGCUAGCUGACUUAUUUUAUUCUUUCUGACUUUUCAAUGCACCUGUAUUUUGAGAUUCGGGCGUUUAGAGCAAGGGUAGGGGCUGUAUCUGGGCCUUUUUUUUUUUAUGGAGGGGUAUAUGAUGAUUGUUCACAAAUUCAUAGGUUCUAUAAAUUCGGUAUACAGGGUUCUUUUG